AGCCAGAGUCAGAAUACUUGAAAAUUCGUCAUUGGUUUUGCUUCCCUGAUUGGUUAGAGAUGAUCCAAUUACUGAUUACUAUGUUCUGUACAAUACCCAUCAUUUUGACAUUACCACAAAUGACUUCAACGACGGCGGUCUCAGACUGAAGUAUGUAUCAAACAUAGAGAAGCUGAAGAAUUCAGUUUGAAUCAUCAGCCAACAUUUAGGCUACAUUGAGUGUAGAAUACAUUUUUUCAGAUGUAUGGAGACAGUUCUAUCAAAAAAGCCACCAAUAAUGCUGUGGCAAACUGUUUCUUAUUUAGAUGUACCAAAACGUAGGCAGGAUUGCAUUUCCUUAUUCUGUCGCCUGUUGGCUUUCUCUCUCACGAGUGAUGUUGAUUGAGUAUCUGAUAAGCAGAACACAUGUACACAUGAGAUUUGCUACUGAGAUGAGGUCCCUCUGGGAUAAUGAAUCCAAAUCUAUUUUUAUUGGUCACAUACACGUGUUUAGCAGAUGUUAUUGCGGGUGUAGCGAAAUGCUUGUGUUAAGACUACUCUACAUGUACACCACUUGUUAGCUUAGCCAAAUCCUAAAAGUAGGCCAGUUAACACCCUCAUCUGACUGAGAGUUUUGAAUGACAAGGUUUUUGGGGUGGUUUCCGGGUGUCUACUUGCUACCUUUCCUGUUUUACCUGUUCAAAAACGACAUAUUGUCCCAUUUUACGUCACUGAAUGGGCCACUCCCAGGCUCCACGUCGACACACUGCCUGCACACCUGUGGCCAGCUUCUAUUGGUCUCACCUGUAGCUACCGCUUCUUCCUCCUUCACAGCAGGACUGAGCAUUGGUUGUACAUAGACAUUCUCUUCAGGAUCUGCAAGCUAGUGUUCUUUCAGUGGUCUGCUACAUGGACAGACGUGAGCCUUAAAGAAGAACGUCCUUGUGAGCAGAGAUUCUAUAAUUAUUUUCAGUUUUUUACAGGCAAACUGGAUCUGAAUGAAGCUGAUCCCUCCCCCAUGCCUGUUUCUCCAGGCUACACCCAACUGGAGCAGAAUGAUCCGUCUAUGAACCCCCUGCGCAUCUCAGUCGGAGGACUUCCCAUGUUGGCCUCCAUGACCAACACCUCAGACCCCCGAUUCCGCCUCAAUUUGAAGGCCAUCGUAGCCCUGGUCCUGGCCAUUGCCCUGGUCCUCCUCUACAUGCACCUGAACCCGGGCUCCUACUCCGAGGUCCCCAGCUCCCGUAACUGGAAGUCUGGCCACACGGGGAUGGCGAUGGACGAGGUGGCCGACCGCUACAAUGACACUUACCCGCUCAGCACCCCCGAGCGGACGCCGCAGGGCACGCGCUACCGCAUCGGGGUCAUUGCCGACCUGGACACGGACUCGCGCAGCGACAAGAAGCUGACGUGGUUCAGCUACAUGCGCCGGGGCCACCUGCUGGUGUCGGAGAGUGGCACCAAGGUGGCCGUGGAAUGGGACACGGAGAGGGUCCUGCUGGAGAGCCACCUGGCGGAAAAGGGCCGGGGCAUGGAGCUGUCAGAGCUGGUGGUGUUCAACGGGAAGCUGUACAGCGUGGAUGACCGAACGGGCGUGGUCUACCACAUCGACGGCAGCAAGGCUGUGCCCUGGGUCAUCCUGCCUGAUGGGGACGGCUCCGUCUCCAAAGGGUUCAAAGCGGAGUGGCUAGCAGUAAAGGACGAGCACUUGUACGUGGGUGGCCUGGGGAAAGAGUGGACAACCACCACGGGGGAGGUGGUCAACAACAACCCUGAGUGGGUAAAGGUGGUGGGCCAUCGGGGGGACGUGCAGCACCAGAACUGGGUCCCCAAGUACAACCUCCUGAGGUCCGCAGCUGGGAUCGAACCUCCAGGUUACCUGAUCCACGAGUCGGCCGCGUGGAGCAACAGCCUGCAGCGCUGGUUCUUCCUCCCACGCCGCGCUAGCAAAGAGCGCUACGACGAGACGGCCGACGAGCGUCGUGCUGCCAACCUCGUCCUCAGCUGUUCGCCGGACUUCAAGGACGUCACCGUGAACCGGGUGGGCCCGCAUAACCCCACACACGGCUUCUCCUCUUUCAAGUUUGUCCCCAACACGGACGAUCAGAUCAUCGUGGCUCUCAAGUCGGAGGAGGAUGCUGGGAAAAUCGCCUCGUACAUAAUGGCAUUCACACUGGACGGCCAGAUCCUGUUACCUGAAACCAAGAUAGGAGACGUGAAGUAUGAGGGUCUGGAGUUCAUUUAGGAAACAAGGACAUAUAGUAGCUAUGUGGAACAUAGUUGUUGACAUUCCAUGCACUCAAAAGUUAACUUGCUGCUUGUUAAUUGACUGUGAAGACGACACGCAGCCCAAUCGAUCAAUCACUGAUCAGAAGCCAUUUUGGUGACCUGAGGUAAGCAUCAAACGCAAGAAAACAGACUGAAACAGACUUUAAAAACCUGUCAUUUUUUUCAUUUUAUGUUGCAAAACAUUUAAAAUAAUAAUUUAGUUGCAUUCCCUAAUGAACUCAACUCAAGGUUUCAGGGCCAAGACAUUCUGUUCAGUAAAUGAGAGCCGAGAGUAGCCUAGGCUACCUGAACAAAGUCCUCUAGUUGAGGAUGCCCUCUUAAUGGCCAUCCUCUACCUAGGCCAACGGCUGUCUUGUAAAGUAAUGUAGACUUUGUCAGAAUGAAUGUACAAAUUUACAAUGCAUCUUAAACUGUGAUUUAACUCAUAAAAUGCAGAUACUGUACAUCUAGGAACUAAUGGAUUUGUUGUAUUUCCCCCCCAAUGUAUAUCACAGUUUCGUCUUACAUUUUACUACAUAAAAUCAUAUACUUCAGGACACUAUACCCUACGUCAGGGAUCAUCAACUAGUUCAGCGGUGGGAUGAUUUUGUUCUUGAGCGGAUGGUCGGUGGGCCGGAACAUAAUUACAAAUCAUUUGUAGACUGGAAAUUGACCACAUGAAGCCCAAACGGAUAUAUUUGACUAAAACGUGAUCAUUUCAAACCCUGCUUACAUUUGUAUAUGAUCACGUGUCUCUCUAUUGUGCAGGGGAAUACCUGGGAACAGAUUUCCACAGUGAAGAUCACUUGGAGAUGAUUGGCUGUGUUUUUAGUCUUUUAUGUCCAACACUGAAAAUACAAAAAAUAAAACCCUGCUUUAUGUGACUCCAUUGACCUUUAUGAAAAUAUGGUUUUUAAUGGAAUAUAGAACAAGAGCAGAAUCUCACAUCAUCCUGUUUUGUUUUACUGGUGUUUGUUGAGUAAAAUCUAUCUUGAUACACCCUGAGUCUUUUAUUGGGUGAGGUUGGAAAACAUACAAAAUCAAGAGACGUUAACCUCAAAGAAGAUGACUAUUUGUCUGCAUUAUGUAACUAUCACAUCAUUUAGGUUGGGUACUAUGAAUAUACCUUGUUAUUAAUUAGCAUGUGUGUGUUAUUAUCAUGUCAUGUGGAUGUGCACUUACAAAGCAUUUGUCAUUUGUUCAAUGCUGUUUAUUCUGAAAAUUGAUUGAACAUAAUACAAAUGUAUUAAAUCAUUUUACAUUUAGGUUAGGGUUAGGAUUUAGGGUUAGGAUUUGGGGUUAGGGUUAGGAUUUAGGGUUAGGAUUUGGGGUUAGGGUUAGGAUUUAGGGUUAGGAUUUGGGGUCAGCCAUUGUUUUUUCUUGUCCAAGGUUGAUGAGAUUAGGCUUGACCUAAUCCUUGAUCUCUCUUGGUUUAGUCAGUCUUAUCUAUUGGGAAUCAAACUUAAACAAUAUCUACAAGCUGUGCAACCAGCCCCUCUGUGAGGUCACACUAAAUGUAGAGAAUCCAGUUGCAUGCGUGCAGUUUUAAUUACAUUAGUAAAUACUUUCACCCCUGUGGCUAUAGCCUAGUUAAAUAAAGGUUCAAUCAAAAUCUAAUAUAUAUCUAAGCAGUGUCAUUUUACAAGGGUUUUAAAAGAACCACGACACGCACAGCAAGACACCAAGAGGUAAGAUAUUUAAGAAUCUGAAUGUCAAAUGUCUUAAACUCUAGAUGAACUAUUGUCCUUUUAGUGCUGAAUAUAAUGUUUGCUUUUAUAUUGGAUAUACUUGAUUGUCUGUUGUACACAAAUUGACUUUAUGUACAGAAAAUCGAUUUAGUUGAAAAUCAACUAAAUGUGCUAUGGUUUCUUAUCAAUACACUGUCUGGUGUGGGAAAAGCACGUUCACUAGAUACAGUGAUCCAGCAUGGUCAUUUUGGUGUAGAAUACAAUUUUGCUACUCUUUUACGAAUAAAACACAUUUGAGUUGUAAUUCA